GCAUGUGCGAAUCAAUAACGCGUCAUAAAAAAUGUCUACCGAGAAGCAAGACCUUGAAGUAGCUGUCCCAUGGCACCCCCUAGUUGUGGACCAUGGGUUCUAUUCCCCUCUCAUGUCUGGUAGUAUUGAUGGCACUGAUUCUACUCCACAUGACAAAGCUAUCAGAAGAGCUCUGGAAGCCAGCUACAGAGUUGACAAAAAAGUACAAAGUGAUCCAGAGAAGACCAUUUUCAUUGCUAGGCUGAGUCACAGAACUACCCAAGAGGUGUUGUGUAGGGCCUUCACAAAGUACGGAGAGAUUAAGAACUGUCAUCUUGUUAGAGAUAUUGUAACUGGCAGAUCAUCAGGAUAUGCAUUCAUUGAGUUUGAAACAGUUGAAGAAGCAGAAACAGCAUACGAGGAGUGUCAUGACAUGUUCCUGGAUGGGUCACAGCUGGUGGUAGACUAUGAGGCUGAGAGGUUGCUGCCAGGAUGGGUACCACGGAGACUGGGUGGUGGUCUCGGUGGUAAGAAGGAGUCAGGUCAGCUGAGGUUUGGUGGGAGGGACAGGCCAUUCAGAAAACCAAUCCUCUUGAGCAGACCAGCACAUGGCACCUACAGUGACCGUGCUACAGACCGAGUGGACGGGCAGUCUAGAAGGCCCCCAUCCCAUCGUCAUAGGGGAGAGGGGUCUCAUCACAAGGGGGAUGGGCCUGGUCGCUAUAGGGAGGAGUCACGAAGACGUCACAGUAGAACUGGCCGCUCUAGAAGCAGGAGCAGACCUAGAUACUGAAAAUAUUAGUCUGUUUAUUGUUGUUACUGUGAAAGGGUCAUUUUCCUCCCCUUUAUGUAUUAUACAUCAUUGCGAUUCGAAUCAUAAAAAUGUUUUAUUUACACAAUCAAAAAUAAACAUCAUUGGUACAAUGAAAACGAUAAAAAAAAUGUCCACAUUACUUAUACGUACAUAUAUAUAUAUACAAUUAUUAUGUGUUCGCUAGAUAGAUAAAUCAGUUUCAAAACGUGUGAGAGUUGUUUUUUUGUAAAUUCGAUCGAUGAUAAUUAUAUGAUUAAGCAAUACAGUUCGGCGAGUGCAGUUCAAACAUAACUAUGAAGUUGAGUGCGAGAAACGUUGUUAAGGCUGGAGUUCGAAUUGAC